AUGAAGACAAAAUUCGAUAGCGGGUCAUUGAAGGUAACCACUGCCUUGUGGCCCGCUUAUCUCUAUCCAGGCGACAUUGCGGGCGAAGACUUCGACUCCAAAGAUAUACUUGAAGGGCUUUUUCGUGGAUAUCUUUUGGAGCGAGUUACUAAACACGUAUUUACAUCUCCAUCAUCUGCACUCAAGGCCGGCGUCUCCAAUGGCACACGUGCUUGCAAUGCGAAACUCCAUGGAAUGGCAGGAGUGGAGGCCGAGCAUAUCGCAUAUGCUGCGGUUCAGGUAAGUGUUUGUUUUUGA